AUGCAAAUUUUCAGUCACUUAUUAUUUGUAGCUUCACUCUCUAGUUUAUAUGCGAAAGAGUGCGAUUCCCGAUCAGUUCAACAAGAAGCACAUCGAAUCGAAAGAAGAGCUUUUUCACCUAGCGAUCUAUUGGAAAACGGCAAAGCCACUCAAAAACUAAACGCUAAAUUUGUUACUCUCACAGCAGAUGCACCUUGCAAGGACGGAGAGCAAGGUUGUAUUAAAGGUUCCUUUGCUAUAUGUGAUCAUGGAAAAUACGCCAUCAUACCCUGUGGAGGGAAUCUGACUUGUUAUGCUAUGCCCUUGGUCCUCAAGAGUGGCACAUCUCUCGGAUGCGUCACUCGCGAAAUAGCAGCCUCGCGGAUUGCUGCCACGGGUGCCACCGGUGGGGUAGAGGGAGAUGGGUCUACAGACAAUGACGAGUCUACCAAGAAUACCACUUCCAGCGCGGAUUCCCCGAUGUCGCAGUCCAAUACUACCGCAAUUCAAGAUUCCCAGUCUGGAACUGGCACUGAAGAAGCAACGGACGAGGACGAGGACGAGUCUGAGUGUGAAGAUACCCCUUUUUAG